AUGGGCCAUAUGACCUGGGCAGCUGUUGUGGGCUGUGCACAGUACUUGAGCCGCAUGUUCCCCGCCUCCUACUUGGUCACGGAGGUCAACGAAGAUACCUGGCUCGUGGAUAGUCUACUUCUCCGUCGUUCCAAGGGCGCCUCCCCUCUCUCGACCUGGUAUGAUCAACAGGAAGAUUUCAGUCACUUUGUCACCGAUGUGCCUACACCUCGACCUCCAUCCGUGCCCCUGGCAGAGAACCAUCCCACACUCAAACUGGUCUAUGAUAUCAGAUGUUACACCGCUGUUUUCUCGGUAGGGACUGAGGCCUUCUGCAAAAUCAAACCACAGAAGACCAAUGUGACUCUCAAAGCCGUGACAUUAGAAUUCGUCCAUACCCAGUGGCCUGAUUCGGAGGUUCCUCAAGUUUUCCACAAUACAAUCCGUGACGGCAGGUCUUUUCUUUUUAUGAGCAGGGUGCCAGGACGAACUCUCGCAGAAGCCUGGCCUUCUCUAGACGAGACCUGGAAACAUCGAUAUGUCGAAUCCGUGAUCAGCGUUUGUGUAUCGCUGCAGCUAUUAGAGCGUGACAAGAUUGGUGGCGUGGAUGGAAACGGCGUAGAGCAGCAAGAUCUUUUUGGAUACGGCGAAGAGAAGCACCCCGAUCCUCAGAGUCUCCAACAAAGGUGUGAACUCCUAGGAAUGGACUGUUCUAAAUAUGUCUUUUGCCGUCUUGACCUUGGGCCUGUGAGUCUCAUUGUGGAAGAUGUCCCAACAUCUGGCAGAGUUGGUUUUAUUGAUUGGGAGAGUGCUGGCUUUUUUCCAAGAGAGUGGCUUCGAACCAAGGCGAUCGUCAGUGUUGGUCUAGAUAUACCAGAGGAGCUCUCCGGAUCGGAUGACCCAUCAUGGUGGAGACUUCAGAGGGCACUUGGGGAACAAGGGAUACUGUACAGACCAAUGGGUUUCGAUGUGGGAGAAAUCAUUACCUGA